AUGCUACUAAAACUCUGCAAUACGACUGAUGAUUUUGAUAUUAUUCCUGAUUUGACAAUUUUAAUGAUAAAUAUUCGAAUAGCACCUGAUCAAAAAAACUUACAUCCAGCUCCAUUGCCACAAUUAUUAGCUAAAAUUUGUAUUUUAACAACAACGGAUCAAGGUAAUCUUCGAAUGAAUAUCAAUGAAAUUUUGUUCUUUGAUGUUGUGUUAGAUCCAUUUGCUGGAUCUGGUACAACACUUGUAUCUGCGGCGAAGAUUAAACAAUCAUUUCGUAGUUUUGAUAUUAGUAAAAAAAUAUCAAAAUAUGUUUCAAAAACGAUUAAUUAA